UUCAUAACCAACAAGCACAUUCAGUUGCCCAUUUUCUCAAGCUCCGCUUACCCUCAAGCCUAUUCAAAACUCCUUUCUGAUAAACCAAAAAAAAAAAAAAAACAAGCUAGUAUUUCAUCAUCCCCAUCUAAAACCCUUUCACAUACACAACAACAAAUCCAUGGCUUCUUCUUCUUCACUCUCUUUCACUUCUCAACUCAUCAAAUCUCCCAUUUCCUACAAAAACCCGACUUACCAAUCAUCCAAACAGCCCCUCCCCUCAAUUCACUGCGGUAUUCGUGAACUAAGAGAAAGAAUCACCUCAGUAAAAAACACCCAAAAACUUACAGAAGCAAUGAAAUUAGUAGCAGCAGCCAAGAUUAGAAAAGCCCAAGAAUCAGUCAUUAACACUAGACCAUUUAAUGAAAACUUAGUUGAUAUGUGUUAUAACAUAACACAACAACUUCAAUUAGAAGAUGUAGAAAUACCCUUAACUGAAAAAAGACCAGUAAAGAAAGUUGCCCUUGUUGUUAUUACUGGUGAAAGAGGUCUUUGUGGGGGUUUUAAUAAUGCAAUCAUCAAGAAAGCUGAAACCCGAAUAGCGGAGUUGAUUAAUCUUGGUGUUGAGUAUACUUUGAUCGGUGUUGGUAAAAAGGGUAAUUCUUAUUUUCGUCGUAGGAAAGGUGAAUUUGUUGAAAGGUAUGUUGAAGGAGAGAGUUUUCCUACAGUAAAAGAAGCUCAGGUUAUAGCUGAUGAUGUUUUUUCACUGUUUAUAAGUGAAGAAGUUGAUAAAGUUGAGGUUUUGUAUACUAAAUUUGUAUCGUUGAUUAAAUCCGAUCCGGUGAUACAUAGUUUGUUACCAUUGUCGACGAAAGGAGAGGUUUUCGAUGUGAAUGGGAAGAGUGUUGAUGUAGAUGAAGAUGAGUUCUUUAAGUUGACUACUAAAGGAGGGAAAUUGGUUGUGGAGAGGGAUCAUUUGAGGGUUAAAAAGGGGGCUUUUUUGCAAAAUAUGGAGUUUGAGCAAGACCCUGCUCAGAUUCUUGAUGCAAUGAUGCCUCUUUAUUUGAAUAGCCAGAUUUUGAGGGCACUUCAAGAGUCAUUUGCAAGUGAACUUGCAGCUAGGAUGAAUGCUAUGAGUAGUGCCACGGAUAAUGCGGUUGAGUUGAAGAGGAAUCUUUCGGUUGCUUAUAAUCGGGAAAGGCAGGCGAAGAUCACUGGUGAGAUAUUGGAGAUUGUUGCUGGAGCGGAGGCACUUACGUAGCUGUGUUGUUUUUUAAUGUAAUUUGGAUAUCCUUCAGUGUGUUUCAUUGACUCCUUUUGCAAACAGAAGCUUGUUGGAGACUUACGAAGAUAUCAUGGAGUUCCAUCACAGUGACUACUUUUCAGUUACUGGACCGAAAAGUGGCUAGCACGCGCUAUUACUACAAUAUGAAUUUAGUGAAUUGUUCUCGCUCACCCUAAGAAACAUCUUCAAUCAGAGGUGAAAUACAUUGGCCCAACAAGUUCGAAGUCACAUUCUGUAAGGUCUAUAAAAAAGAAUCACUCUUUACUAGAAGUUUCUUCGUAAUGCUCUACUUUACUGGCUGUAGAUAUAGACGCUGAAAUUUCUUUAUGCUCAAGAUUUGUUUAGGAGAUAGUUUCCUAAGAGUUUGUUUUCUGCCAGAGUUUAGCACAUGGUAUGGUGCAUUUGGAUAUUCAGGAUUAAGAAAAUUAAGCUUAUGUUGUUAUUAGUGGAACUAUAUCUCAUUGCUUUGAGCCUAGAAUACUACUUUCCAUUAUGUAACAAACCAUGGUUCUAACUGUUGGCUUAAUUGUUAUAUUGAAUCUGAGUCUCCUUUUGAUUAAAUCCUUU